UUAAAUAUUUAUAAAAGUAAAAGUUAAAAAAAAAAAAGAAAAACCCUGAAUUCGCUCGUGUCUCUCAGUAUUGACGCCGGCGGUGCAACCUCACCUGCAACUUCUCCUCGUCACGACGUCACUAUGGAAUCGGGUGAAGGUGAUCAGGGUGGUCUGCUGUGCAUUUUGAAGGAUGCAGAGGGAAUUGCUCUGGGAAACCAUAUGUUUCUUCCUCAAACUGUUACACCUCAACAACUCCAACAUAUUGUUAAUCAACUCCUCAACAAUCACGAGAAAUUACCAUACUCGUUUUAUAUAUCGGACAUGGAACUUGUUGGACCUCUCUCUCAUUAUUUGGAAUCAAACAAAGUUUCGGUGGAGAAGGCCCUUAUUAUAGUUUAUCAACCGCAAGCAAUUUUUCGUGUACGACCAAUUUAUCGGUGCUCUUCGACAAUUACUGGUCACCAAGAUGCUGUGGUUUCAGUUGCCUUUAGUCCUGAUGGCCAACAAUUGGCAAGUGGUUCGGGUGACACCACUGUUCGAUUAUGGGAUCUUAAUACACAGACACCAUUGUACAUAUGUAAAGGACAUACAAGUCAUGUUCUUUGUGUUUCAUGGUCACCUGAUGGUAAGCAUCUUGUGAGUGGGGGUAAAUCUGGAGAAAUUUUGAGUUGGGAUCCACUAACAGGAAAACAAUUAGGGAGUACACUCAAGGGUCACAAAAGUUGGGUUAAUGCCAUUGCUUGGGAACCAGUGCACAUAACUGCUCCAUGUAGACGUUUCGUUAGUGUUAGUAAGGACGGUGUUGCACGCAUAUGGGAUAUAGUAUUGAGGAAACCUCUCAUAUCCCUUUCUGGACAUACUGAUUCUGUGACUUGUGUGAAAUGGAGUGGAGAUGGGGUGAUUUAUACUGGCUCGGUGGAUCGUACUAUAAAAGUAUGGGAAACUUCGGAGGGUAAGCUGAUUCGUGAAUUGAAGGGUCAUGGACAUCGGAUCAACUCUAUUUCUUUGAGCACUGAUUUUAUCCUCCACACUGGGGCUUUCGAUCACACCGGUAAACAAUACUCAUCUGUUGAAGAAAUGAAGAAGGUUGCUUUGGAGAGGUACAACAAAAUGAAAGGCAACAAGCCUGAAUUGCUUGUUUCAGGAUCUGAUGAUAGGACUAUGUUCUUGUGGGAACCUUUUGUCAGCAAACAACCGAAAACUCGUAUUACUGGUCAUCAACAGGUUAUAAACCAAGUUUGCUUUUCCCCUGACGGGCAAUGGAUAGCGACUGCCUCAUAUGACAAAUCUGUCAAGAUAUGGAACGGUAUUACUGGAAAUUUUGUUGCUACUUUAAGAGGUCAUGUUGGCAAAGUUUAUCAAAUCAGUUGGUCUGCCGACAGUCGGUUUCUUUUAAGUUGCAGUGCCGAUACAACACUUAAGGUGUGGGACUUGCGCACACGAAAAUUAAAGCAAGAUCUCCCAGGGCAUGCUGAUGAGGUUUAUGCUAUUGAUUGGAGUUCAGUUGGGGAAAAAGUUGCUUCUGGUGGCAAGGAUAAAACGCUAAAAUUGUGGAUGGGCUAAAUAAAGUAAAAUCAAAAUUAUGAAAAUGUGAUUAAAUUUUGUUUCUCUUAAUUUAUUGCCUCAUAAUUAGCUCAAUACAUAAAGUAUAUAUAAGCUGCAGUUACAUUACAUAUUUUUAGCGGGAGAGUAUAUACAAGUUACUGUUUUAUGUAUCGAAUAUUGUACAUAUUUGGAACGCACUAAAUCAAAAUCAGCAAAUGAAAGAAUGCAUGAGCUUCAUAAA